AUGUUUGUCGGCGGAGACAAGGAGACAGUGGCGCUCACUUCUCAUUUCCUUACCGAGAUUGGCUCAAUCGCGUUGAACUAUCUUCGCCAGAUGAGUGAACGCAAUAACAAAGUGCUGGACUUUCACCACCCGCACCAAAUGCGCGAGGUUUUGUCUCAUUACCUGGAAUUGCACGCAGAGGCCCGGGAUUUAGAACAAAUUCUGAGCGACUGCCGAGAAACCUUGAAGUAUGGAGUCAAAACAGGUAAUUUGGUGUUUAAAUUGCCUCCAUUCUUAUUAAACAUGAUUGCACUUAAAGUUAUUAUAGCUAUACAAUUAGACACCAAUCUGGCCUUUAUUUGUGAACAUUAA